AUGCCUGCGAGGUGGCUAUGGAAGUUGGUGGCUCCGCGCCUGUCUCCCCGCGAGGCCCUCAAUCGCGACUCUUCUUCCGCGGAGGGGCGGGAGGGGGGAGCACGUGAGGGGCGGGAGGCGGAAGCACGCGAGAGACGGGAGGGACACCACGUGUCAUUCGCUACCACUGCGAUUGUUUCCACGGAUGGCCAACGGCAGCAGCAACAGCAGCAGAAACAGCAGCUAUGGCAGAAGCAGCAGCAACAGGAGCAGCAGCACUUUGACUAUAGCAACUCACGCGAUAGACGGGGCGAGACAGCCGUUGAUUGCAGCACCAUGAGUAGCGGAUUCAACGGCGUAGGUCUCUUUGAAUCAAGCCUUGCGUCAUGCACGCCCUCUCGCCUCGAUGCGUCCGGCAAUCCCGUUCCGAGGUCACGCGCGGCUGCUGAUUCGCCCAACGAGCCGCCCUCGACGUCCAAUUGGCGGGAAUUAGGGGGCGUAGCGCGAGCCACUAGGGGUCUCGAGAGCGUGGGGGAGGUAACUCUUGAAAGCGUGGAUUUGCAGCAAGUGCGGGAGCGGCGGCGCCAGAGGAAGGAGCAGCGCGCGCUUCGACAAGCGGCGGCGGCGACCGCGAAUCUAAUGGGGCGGUCGACGACUGGGAGCAGUAGCUCGGAGAAUUUGGCGGUUUUCACGGCGGGGGUUGCGGACUCGGACUCAGCAGCCGCGACGCCGCGGGGGCCGAGGCAGCGAAGCUUAACGACGUCCGCCGUCGGCGGAGUGUACGAUAGCAAGAAAUUAGGAGACGUCAUGAGAUUAGGUAGCGGGAUCUUACGCGGGGAGGCGCGCGGCGAUAGGGGGGCAACGAAGGCUCACGCGGAACGCGAGCAGGAGCGCGAUGUCCGCCGGCCGCCCAGCCCCGGGUGGGCAAGACGGACGGUUGGUUGGGGGACGGGGAAGGACGCGGGGGAGAGCAGGGGGGGGAGCUGCAAGGAAAGCAGGGGGGUCGCGCGCGCAGGCAGCGGGAAAGGCGAGGGGAAGUCAGGCGCGGAAGCGGAAGAUUACAAGAGCGUGGGGCAAUGGAUGCGCACGCGCGUUCACAAGGCAAGAGAUGCGCGGGCAGCGGGGAAGGCGGGGGGAGCGGACGCCGCAUCGCAAGGGAGAGCCCUUGUAAGGCGCGCCACUUUUGGAGGAAGCUGCCAGGUGGCUUCGACAGCGAGCGCGUGGUGUGAUGACGUGGCAGCGGGAAGCGGGAAAACGGGCAGCAAAGAAUUACAAGAGAGCAGCGACAGCAGCAGCAGGAAGGGAGGGAAUAGCAGCAGCAGCAGCAGGAGGAGCAGUGGCAGGAGGCGGAGGGGAAGAGGGAGGCGCGCGAGGGAGGGAAAGGCGAAGGGAAAGGGGGAGGAAAGGGACGAGGAGUGGAGGUUAGCGGGAGAAGCCAUGGCUCGAGUGGAAACCGGCAUGUUCGGGCAUGGGAAUCACAGUGGAUGUAACCAUGGGGUGGUAACCACCUUCCGCAUGUGGGGCGCGGCUCAAGACCUUGCAAGCGCUCCACAUGGCCUGUGUGACCCUGCUGCUGCUGCUGCGGCUGCUGCUGCUGCUGCUGCUGGUGAUGAUGAUGAUUCUGCUGCUGCUGCUGGCGUUACUGCUUGUGGUGGUGACAGCACCAGAUCCGCUGUUGGCAGUUAUGAGAGGGGCGAUGGCGCUCUGUUAACCAGCGUGGAGAAAUACUCGAGCUUCAGCGACGUGGGCGCGAUUGCAAUCACGGGGCGCAGAAGCCACCGCAGAGACAGCAGCGCCUUUGUGUGUCGCUCCGAGGCGUAUCUAGACGCGCUCUCAGAGGCUAUAGCUACCGGCCUGGCGUCCAGAGCUGUGACGUUCCUUGCCGACCAGAUUUCGUCCGGCCAAUGGGAUGCUCCGAUGCCUCCCCUGCUGCUGCACCAAUCAGAGGCUCAGCCUGAGAUUCGGUUGGAUUGUGCUGCUGGUGCUGGUGAUGCUGCUGGUGCUGAGGGCAAUGAGUCAUUACGUGUAGCUGCUGGUGUGGAAGCCACGUCAGCGGAUGACAUGGCAUGCUCGGGUGGCACUGAUGCUGUUGCUGCAUCAUCUUCCCUUUAUGCUGCUGCUGCUGGAGCUGGGGGUGCCGCUUGUGCUUCUGCUGGGAUGAACAGGGAUGAGGAGGGAGGAGGAGAGGAGGAAAGAGGGGUGUGGGAGGCAGAAGGUCUUGCCUUUCGUCUCGGGUUUGGGAGUGCGCAAGGAGGGCUAGGAGGGCAAGGGGCAACAACGCUGAGUCGUGCCAGCCUGGGCCUGGCACGUGCUGACUCACGCAUGGGAUCGCUGACGCCGAGUGACAGGUCAGCGCUCGAUGAGUCGGUGUUUGUCGGCAGUAUUGGCCACCUGGCGACUUUGGGCAGCGCACUGGCAGGAGAAGCUGUUGGUGGGGCCCCUUCUCCUGCUGACGUGGCACUUUCUUCUGCCUUACCCAUUCUCGCUGCUGCUGCUGGUGCCACCACCACCGCUGCUGCUGCACCGAACGAACCUUUGAAAGAUUCUCCAGAACCUGUCAACGAGGCAGCUUCGGCCGCAGCAGCCAGAGUUGCCGAACCUGCUCAUCCAUUUCCGCAUACAGUCUCGGGUGACUAUACCGAGCUGGGUGCGCCUGUAAAGAGGACAAGCAGCAGGGCAGACCGGUUAAGAAAAGAGGUGGCGGAGUGGAAUGGGGAGUGGGAGGAUGCAGCAGCAGGGGGUGUGUCACUGGUCUAUGAGGGGCAGCGGAGUGGGAGGGGAGGUGUGAUGGAGAAAGGGGUGGACAGUCAGGUAUUGGAGCACGGUGCAGUCAGUGGGCCAAGGUACACUCAGCGGUUAAGCAAGCAGCAUAGCCAGAAGCACAGCCAGCAGCACAGCCAGCAGCACAGCCAGCAGCACAGCCAGCGUCAUUCCCUUCAGCACGCGAGCCAGCAGCACAGCAGGAAGCACAGGGCAAAGCAUAAUGACAGCAACAGCAGCAGCGCCCUCACCACCAGCACCAGCAGUAACGGUCACAAGGACGCCUACCCGCCGUCCACCCCGCCGCCGCUCUCCCACUGGCGACAGUUGGUGUCUGUGGUGUGUGGCGGCCUGCUAUUCGCAAUCGCCCUGGUGACGUGCUGCCUGUGGGCCAUGUGGGAGGUGGCAGAGCGAAUGGAAGCUCACACGGCGAAGCACCUCACGGAGCUGGCUGCUGCCAGGGCCACGCAGGAGGGGGCAGUCCGGGCCAAGAAGGAAUUUCUCGGAUGCAUCUCGCAUGAGAUUCGGACCCCAAUCAACGGGAUUAUAGGCAUGCUGCAGCUAUUAGUCGAAGAGUGCGAGUUGGAUCAGGAUCAGAGAGACGCAAUCGACACUGCGCUGCUCUCCUGCUGGACGCUCACUGACUGGCUGGCAAAGUUUGUCUAUUCUGAGAGACCUGCAGGGGCAAGAGCGGACAAGGCUGCUGAAGCAGCAGCGGUGGCGGCAGCAGCAGCAGCAGCAGCACAAGCAGCAGCACCAGCAGCAGCAGCAGCAGCAGCACAAGCAGCAGCAGCGGCAGCACCAUCAGCAGCAGCACCAGCAGCAGCCGCAGGGAUAAACGAUGGAGCUGUGGCUGCUGAUUGGUCUUCUGGCGCUGCUGCUGAUGGGGCCUGCUCAGCUGCCACUGCUCUUGACCCUGUGCCGCCCCUUGCUGUGACUGACGCCCAGCAGGCGAAUGUGGACAACCAGCAGGCAAGCGGUUCAGGUGCAGUGAAUGUGGACAACCAGCAGGCAAGCGGUUCAGGUGCAGUGAAUGUGGACAGGAACCAGAAUGACCUAAGCCCUCUGGGAACCUCCUCCUCUGCCUCCACCCCUUCCUCGCUUUCCCUCUCCACCUCCUCACUCGCCCCUUCCCGUCCUUCACAGAACCCCACCCUCCUCGUCCCAUCGUUUCCUGGAAGCUUCACGACCGUCACAAUACCCCCUUCUUCUCCUCUGGCAUCACACAAGCUCCCACUGCCAGUCCCCUCCUUCCCUCCCACCCACCUUCCCACCACUCCUCUCACUCCUUCCACCUAUUCCCUCCUCCCCCAUCCCGUCCCUGCCUCCCCUCUCCCCUCCUCUCUCACUCCCGGUUCUCUUUCCACCUCCUCCUCCUCAUCCUCCCUCGCGCUCUCGUCCCCACGCCUCGUUUCCAUCCCUCCUUCGGCUAACCCCUCUGCUGCAGCAGCGACCAUUGCUGCGGUAGCAGCAGGAGCAAGGGCGAAUGAUCCUCCCGUUAUUGCAGUGAGAGGAGGGGAGGCGGGAGUGCUGAGACCAGAAUUAGAGAGGAGAGGGAGGAUUGGGGAGGAGGGGGCAACGAAGUUGCUGGUUGGCGCUGCUAGGAGCAGCUCUGAGAGCUCUGAGGAGGCUUGGCCGGCACAGGAGGGACAGAUGCAGGAGGGAGGGAGGCAGCAGGAGGGAGGGAGACAACAGGAGGGGGAGAGGCAGCAGGAGCAAGCGAAUCUGCGGGGGAUGAGGGAGCAGGUCCUUCCGAGCCAGUUCUCAGGUUCGAGGGUGGAGCAGCAGGUUCGGGCGGUGUUCCGAUCCUUGACUCCUGCUCGGUGGGGGGAGUCGGGCAAGAGAGCCUCUGCUGCAGCAGCAGCAGCAGUUGUGGCUGGGUCUCCUACUGGUAUCACCACUGAUAAGACCAGUGGUGCUGGGGACUAUUCUGCUAUUGCUGCCAACUCUGUCAGUAAAGGGUUGCAGAGUUGGAAGGAGAGGAGGAGAAAGGAGAGGGAAGGGUACCCUUCUGCUUCUCACCUGGGCAUGCCUGGUGCUGCUGGUAGCAGCAGGGAGGUUUGUGUCGGGGGAGGUACAACUGGGGAGGGUAAAGCUGGGGAAGACUUGUGGGGUGGAGGGGAGGUGGUGUCUGGGAGUGGGUUGGCUGCUACCCCCUCCUCCUGGUCCUCUGAGAUGGAUCUUCUGAUUGGUGGACGGUGGGGAGGGGAUGGUGGGAGAGGAGAGGGGAGUGGAGGAAUUGCGUUAAGAGGGGAGGGGAAUGAAGGAGGAAGGGAAUUCGUGAAGGAUGGGAGCGAAAAGGCGAGAGGGGAAGAGGGAGAGGGGGAGGGAGAGGAUGCAGAAAGGGGGGAGGAGGUGGAGAUUAGACGAGCCAAGACUCUGGAAGCCGACUGGUCGGGGCGACGAGGCGGGACAAGAGGAGUGACGUUCGCAGAAGCAGACGAGGAGGGGCGGUCAGGGGAGGAGGGGGAAGGAAGGGUGAGGGAGCAGAGGUUGGGAAGCAGAGCGCGGUUUCCAGAUAUGGUGGUGGUUGAGGAGCAAGGGGGCAUGGAGCCCUUCCAGAAUCUUCUACCUGCUCUUUCACCUGAAUGCACGCAUUGCCCUGCCCUCCCUGCAUCCUUGGCCGCCUCCUCUUUCUCGCCUGCCGCCUCUCCCCCUGCUCACAUCACUGCUCCCACGGUGAGCUAUAGGGAGCUAGCAGCAGCUGCUACUGCUGUGCCUGCGGCGGAUUUCUCAGCUGGACACGAAGCAGUUAAGGUUCCAGUGGCUGGGGCUGCCUCCUCCGCGGAUUCAAAUCAAGCAGGGCAGGUGGACGAGCUGAGCCAAGCAGGGCAGGUGGACGAGCCGAGCCAAGCUCCCGCCCCGCCACUCUCCCCAAGGACCCUCACGGCACGGUUGAAAGGGCGACGGGUACUUUUGGUGGAUGACAACGCGGUGAACCGCAAGGUGGUGCUGGCGAAGCUACGGCCGUACGGCAUGGUGGGCGUGCAGGCAGAGAAUGGCUGUGUUGCAGUGGAGAAGUUUUUAGAGGGGAUGAAGGAAGGCGGAGACGCGGGUGUUUCAUUUGAGCAAAUCCCAGCUUCUGUGUCCUCCAUCCCUCGUCUCUCCACAACCAUUCUCGUUGCUCUGCAGAUGCCGGUGAUGGACGGCUAUGAUGCAACCAUCGAAAUCCGACGGCUGGAGGAGCAGGUGGGUCGGCAUCGAGUUCCGAUAUUUGCCAUCACGGCCGAUCUUGUGGCGGGAGCUCCUGAGAGGUGCCGGGAAAUUGGGAUGAAUGGAUUUAUGACCAAGCCUCUUUCCAACGAUCAAUUGAAAGCAUCGCUUGCAGUGGUGGCUGCCAAUGUGUGA